GGAGCAAAACAUGACAGAAACAGAUGCCUUUUAUAGAAGUGAGACGUUUGAUCCAGCAGAAGAGUACAAAAUGGACCACAGGAAGAGAGGAAUUGCUUUAAUCUUCAACCAUGAGAGAUUCUUCUGGCACUUAACACUGCCAGAAAGGCGUGGCACCAUGGCAGACAGAGAUAAUCUUAAACGCAGGCUUUCAGAUCUAGGAUUUGAAGUGAAAUGCUUUAAUGAUCUCAAAGCAGAAGAAGUACUGCUCCGAAUUCAUGAGGUGUCCGCCUCAAGCCACAGAGAUGCCGAUUGCUUUCUGUGUGUUUUCCUGAGUCAUGGUGAAGGCAAUCACAUUUAUGCGUAUGAUGCCAAAAUUGAAAUUCAGACACUGACUGGUUUGUUCAAAGGAGACAAGUGUCAGAGCCUGGUUGGAAAACCCAAGAUAUUUAUCAUCCAGGCUUGUCGGGGAAGCCAGCAUGAUGUGCCAGUCAUUCCUAUGGAUGCUGUGGAUAAUCAGACAGAUAAACUGGAAGCCAAUGUAACAGAAGUAGAUGCAGCCUCCAUUUACACACUGCCUGCAGGUGCGGACUUCCUCAUGUGUUACUCUGUUGCAGAAGGUUAUUAUUCUCACCGGGAAACUGUGAACGGCUCAUGGUACAUUCAAGAUUUGUGUGAGAUGCUGGGAAAGUACGGUUCCACCUUAGAGUUCACAGAACUCCUCACGCUGGUCAACAGGAAAGUUUCUCAGCGCCGGGUGGACUACUGUAAAGAUCCAAGUGCAAUUGGAAAGAAGCAGGUUCCCUGCUUUGCCUCAAUGCUUACUAAAAAGCUGCAUUUCUUUCCAAAAUCUAAAUGAUAGGAGCUAUUUUCUCUCUUGCAUCUAUUGAAAAUGGUU